AAUGGGUAGUGUUACAUUUCCCUAUUCUUUGUCUGAAAUGAAAAUGCUACAUUUUUAUAAGCAAAAAGUAUUUUCAUGUCCAUUUCUGUGCCAUCAUUAUCUACAAUAAGGAAGUAGCAUUCAAAUUGUAUUUUUUACAAUUACACUUUAUUCAAAUGGGGGUGUUUGGGCAUUAAAUAUUCUUCUGUGCUUCUGGUUUCGAUUCGCUGUAUACAGCUUACAUGAAAAAUUAGUAAUGUAUAGUUCUUCAAGACUUUUCUUCUUCUUGGUGUUUUGUCGUCUGGUCUAGAACGGCCGAGAGGUCAUUUUUGCCUGUCGGUGAUUAUCCUGAUAACGCCAGUAACUGUUUCAGAUGCAUGAGUUUUCCAUUCAGUGCCUCUUGAGGCAUUCGCUCUGAACAAGUGUAGGGAGCGCUGAAAGACUCAAUACAAAUUCAGCUGUACACACCGAGUCGGUGGGGCUUACAAAGUAAUUUUGUUAAAGACAAUGGUUCUUGAUUUUAUUUUAUUUUGAUGUACUACUCGAUGUAAAGCAGCUAUGGAGCCCAGUCCCAGGAAUUCCUUGGAACAAACUUGAUUGAAGUCCAUUAAAGUUUUAAAAAAUGUGCUUCGUCUUUUGCUUUGGCAUUUGCAUUUAAAGAAGGCUGUGGUGUCCUCGUUCUUCUCGGGUGUUUCUUCUGCCUUGCAAACGGAACCGUGGGCAAAGUCACACAGACCAGAAGAGCACCGUUGUCUGAAUUUCUUGAUCAGAAUAAUUGAGCCUGCAGGUCGCUUGCUCUUCAGUGGGCUAAAGCCAAUGGGGGCGCGCUCUGUGAACCGGAAAGGGCAAUAAACUCCUCCCUUGCUGCUGCAAUCCGCCUCCUGUCUGCUCGUUCUCUCCCCCUCUUCCCUCUGAGCCGCCUGAGUCGCCACAGCACAUAAGUAACCCUCUGUCAUAACUAAAGUACUAAUGUAUUGGCUGUAACACCUCAAUUUCCCUUCAGGAUCAAUGGAGUCUUAUCUAUGUCAGUUACACAAAGCACUUAAAAAAACAAUGACAAACACGAAUCUCCCCUGUUCGACCAGUGGCUGAGUGCACUUUCUCUCUCUGCCUUCGGAAUGAAAAGAGCAAUAAGACUGUCGGAGAGCCGGUGCAGUCGUCACUCCCCACACUGCUGACACAGAGCCUGGAGCGUCGGUCCAGCAUAGAAACUGGAGCAUGUUGAGAUGGGGAUGCAGGGCUGUGGGACCUUUGGAGGGGGCAGAGAGAGGCUCCCUCACUCAAUAUCUAGACCCGUCUCAUGGUCCCAGUCUGUUGAGCCGCUGAUCUGAAAGUCGCGCUCCACGACCUUCAGUUCAGAGACCCAUCUAUACGUUUAGAUCGGUGCUGCUGAGUAGUAUUCACGAAGUCUUUGGUUGUAUAUUCGAACAGCCUCUUUUUUUUUUACAUUUUAAAUUUAAAGAAGAAAAUGUAGGAUUUUUUCCAUGCUCAUUGAAAUAAAACUAUUGACAAACAGAACCUCAAGCAUGAGCGGGUCUGCACUGGUCCGGAGACUAAGGGGACAUGUUUGAUUUGCCGGCGCCACGGAGAUGCUGUCUCCACGGAAACCGACACUAUUACUAUGGUAACGGCGGCGGGAACACUCCGCGCCCGGCGCUAGUUUUCCCGGGAACAGGCCGGGAAUGUUCUCCGACGUCAUGAGACCCGGACCGUGCGCCCUGUCACCCCUAGACCCCUGGGCGCUCAGUAACAGCGCGAAAAGAAAACAAACCUGCUUCUCCCGGCCCUGCGGCUAGGGCACCUCCUCACGGACACACACCGCCUUCACCGCCCCGGGUGGGGAGCUCGCUGUGCGGGCAGGAAAGAGACGCACAACAUGAGCCCAUUAACCGGUCAGAACCACGCGUGUAUAAGAGGAAGAACAAGUUAGCAGCUUUGAGUAAUCCUCACAAUUUAGAAAGACGCACAAAAAAAGGGGUACCCGGUCAGGGCAGUGCGUGGUUUUAACUGUCCGGGGACCUGAAAAUAUUAACUGCUGCACGUAAAGCACAUUAAAAAACACACUCAGCAUGAAGAUCCCUGAUUAGUAAUUUUUAAGGACGGGAUAUGGUAUGCGUUCUCAAUUAGAAAAAAAGAAAGCAACAAUUAAUGACAUCACGGUGCGGUACAAAAAACAAAUCACGGUGUGACAGGGAAGUUUAGAAGCCCAGGUAUCAUAUUCACCAAACAAAAUGCUCUAACGCCCCCCUUCCUUUCAUGCGCAUUAGGUGGAAAUGCAAUAUGACUUCAACGCCGUUAGAAAGACACGUGAAAAAUAAAGCAAAAAAACAACUGAGGUGUGUACAGAUUCUAACCAUCUUCAGAAAUCUGAUUCGUAAUCACCUCCGGCAGCGUAUUGUUCAGUGUUUCGUUUGUGUUCACUCAUCCUAGUCUUUGGACACCCUGACUCCUUUGCCUGUAUUACGUGAGGUGGAAUCGAAGUUGGAAUAAAAUAAAUUCUGGGAUCUCUCUCACGCGCUGCCGGCUGCUGCCCCAGCUCGCGCAGGGGCACUUCCGGCCUCGCCGCCGCUGUGUUUGGGCGUCGCUUAGCAACGAGCCCGCUCCGCGCUGUGGUGCCGAGGCGUCGGAAACGUGUUUUUUACACAGUUACAGUAUGUCCGAAUUAAGGUGUCGCUAUUAGCGUCUAGCUGAGCUGAUCUUAAACCGAAGCGUGAGGCCGGAAGACCUCAGCCCUGCCCACCUGUCUGCUGCGCUGCGGCUAAGCUCUUCUCCCCGGCCAGCCAGGAGGAGUCCGGACUGCGUGGCCGGGAUGGGCAGCGCCGGGGUGAAGGUGCCGGCCGGUCUGUCCCAGCAGGCCCGGUUCCGGAGGAAGGACGGCCUGUUCCCCCUGGCGCAGGUGGCGGCCCCCGCCCGCGGGCUGCGGCAGCGCUACAGGAGCCUGCGGGAGCCCCUCGCCUCGUUCGCGCCGGGCGGGCCGGGGUGCGAAGAAUCACGAGGCGGUGGGCUUCAGGAGGAGAGGCCUGUCACCCCCAUCAGAGACAGCGUGAAGGUGUCUCCAGCAAGUCUGGAGGAGCUCUGCCAGCUGGUUCACAGGAGGGUGCAGGUGCGCCCCGAGAUCACGGCGGUGUCUGAAGAAGCCCAGCGGACUCUGGCAGGCGUCAUUCUGGCAGAAGUAAAAUUAAUCUGGCAAGACCUUAAGAAUCUCACUUGUGAUCCAUCCCUGAGUUCAGAAGAGAACGAGGCCCUCCGGUGUCAGAUGACCACGCGAAUCAUCCUGGUCUGCGAGCAGCUCUUCCUACAUUACCUCUGCAUGGUGGACACUCUGAGGAGACGCUGCGUCUUCAGCGAUCAGGCCAACCUGAGCCGCCUGGGUGCACAGCUGUCCGUCGAGUGCACCAGGCUAUUACGUGUCCCUACCAUCAGGCGCAGUGUCAUAGCGGAGGUCCUGGCCUCUCGGAAACCUGUGGAGCUCCACGGAGAAAGCACUCGGCGGCGUUCGGACCCCCCUGUCCAGGAGAGCAGAGGGGGAGUACGGUGGCCCAAGCAAGGAAGAGGUCACCGCGCAGCAGAGUCCUGCGUGCCAUGGCGAGGGGCUGGCCUGCCUCCGGCGAGCAAGAACAGGGCUGAUGGGAGCUGUGGGACUGGGCGCAGAACGCACGAAUCUGUGGUGGAGCGAGACCUCCGGGAGAUUCAUGAAGCGAUAGCGCCUUUGGAUUUGGAAAAGGUGUACGAGCUUCUGCCGUUUCAGGAGGAGCAGGUGUAUGCCAGAAAAGCCAUGCAAUGUGCUGCAGUGAGGAGCCCCAGUCCCCCUGGCCAGAGGGUCCCGUCUGUGGAUGUUGAGCGCCACUGUUCCUCUCAAAUGAAGGGUUAUCAUUCAAUGCCGGACCUCUACAGGGAAUCUCUUUUGGAAGAGCUCGGAAUCAAACCAGAACGAGCUCGGCCGAAUUCCCCUGUAGUGUUACACACCUCGGUGCUGGCAGCCAGUCUGGAGAAACCUGUUAGCAUCUCUGACGAUCUGAGAAGGCUGUUACAGGAUGGUAAUAAAUCACCUUUACAACAGUCCAAGGCAGAUGACCCAGAAGCUGACUUGCCACCUUUAAUCAGAGCUGUAAUAUGCAGGAAAGAGGCAAAAUGGCUUCAUGUACAGGAGACGUUGAAGAAGCUGAAUGAGGAAGAGGAGCAGACGCCAGUGGAGCAGUUUGUUGUGAAGGAGCCGGAGCAUCCCCAGGCUGCGGUAGUCAAUGUGACUCUGUCUUCCCAGUGUGUAGCCAGGCCAGCUGAUGUGCAGGUGUCUGACAGAGUGCUAACAGACACCGUUAACAUACGGAAAUGUCCUCCUGUUUAUAAUGACCUGACGGGAGAGAUUGAGGCCUCUACUGUGAAGUGGCUGGACCGGAAUCUUUUCCUUGGGCAAGAAAUUAAAGAUGUUUACAAGGAGUUAACCAAGAGCGUUUCAACAGAGUAUCUAGAUUUCGACCAGGACCCCCUGAUCGAACGUGCUGCGGCUGAUGCAGAUAUGCCCAUCGUCUUGGCAUCCUCAGCUUUGAAUAGGAAAAGAAGGCAUUGGUUCAUCAACCCACAACUGAGGGAACCAAACAGAAACAAUUUAAUGCAAAGAGAGAAUAAAAAGAACAAUACCACUAAUGACUACGAACGCCCGGACAACGUUUCCUCCCGAGCAUACGCAUCGUGGCUGCAGUGGUGGAAAUCCACACUAAACUUUGAUGACUACCUGAAAUACAUCUCAACUCAGGAUUCUGACUACCUAAAAGUAAUAUUCCACUUGUACAACAGUGAUGAAAGUGAUGAUGAAGAAGAUGAGAGAAGGAAAGCCCUCGUGUCUGAAAUGGAGUACAGAGAAAGAGAGCAGAGGAAGAAGAUUGCGGCCCUGAGGUCCCAGAAGCAGGAGUUUGUGUCCGGGCUGUGGAAUGUGAACUCUGUCAUGCUCGGAGGGCUGGGGAAGGAGCCCGAGUUGGGAGAUGCUGAUCGACCAGCAGAAGGUUUGGGCUUGAGCUUGGCGCAGGCGGAGCGAUCUCAAGCGGCCCGAUCGGGGUCAGCGGGGACCGAGGAGGAGCUCCUGCAGAGCCGACUGGAGAGAAUCUGGGAAGCGCUCUAUGUCCCAGACGGAGAGAGACUGGACAUGGCUAUCAAAUACAGCUCGCACACCUACAGAGAGCGCCUGGAGGAGGCAACCACUGCUUGGGAAAGAGCCGUCCAAUUCAUCCAGCAGAGGGAGUCCUUGCUAGCUAAACUGGAGCGAUUCGAGAGGAAUGCUUCCGAUCCCAACAGGUUUUUUGAACGAGGGUAUCGUGGUACAUCAAUUGCAAGAUUGGACGAAUCUAAGCGAAGGGGAAAACUGCACUCCGAGAUCUCCGCUGUUGAAAGCCUGUUGUCGAAGGCUGUGCAUCGAGUUAAAGAUCGCUUCAAUGACACGGUCACAUAUAAAGGCCGGCCCUAUGCCGAGAAGAUGCGCUGGGACAAAAUCGAGAUGCUCUACUGGCUGCAGCAGGGGCGCCGCAUGCAGGCCAUGGACAGGGUGCUAGAGUGUGGGGUGGGCCAGCCCGUCAGGCUGCCCCCCCUGCAGCUGCCACCCCAGCCUGGCUCAGGAGUAGCGGGGCACUCCCUGACGCACCCCACACCGCUGUGAGCGUGCCCACCCCUCAGCACCGCUCUCAUCCUGGGACACCUGGACUCGCUCGCUUUUUACUUUUGAACUACUUGUCAGAUUAAAGCACAUUGAGAGGAAAAAAUCCUCUUGAUGUUGCAAGAAAAUAUAUGAUAUGAGAAAUGAAUAAAAGCAGUUUCAGCAAGG